GGAGGGCCUUCUUUUUAUAAAGCUAGUUGACUUUCAGUAGCUGAAAGGGAAAUGUCAACCCGCUUUUUGCUGCACGGUUUUUGGACACACCGGCUGUCGGUAACCCAUACAGACAUGAAUUUCGUCAGAUCUCGCCUAUCUGUGGGUUGCCUCUUCGGUCAGAGGGUACGAGGGAUGUGCAAUAAACUUCCAGAGGUCAAGCCAGAGUCCUCCCCAGCAGCUCCAGCACAAGAACCGCGUCCCUCAUUCAGACCCCCCGGCUGCACACCCUCCAACUUGGACAAGAAGAUGUUAGUGUGGGCAGGCCGCUUCAAGUCCGCAGAACAGAUCCCAGAGACUGUGUCCUAUGAGACGAUUGACAAUGCCAGGAACAAAAUCAGAGUGAAAGCUGCCUAUGCGAUGAUGGCGUUGACAAUAGGAGCCUGUGUGGUGAUGGUGAUUAUGGGCAAAAAGGCUGCUGGCAGAAAUGAGUCCCUGACUGCAUACAACUUGGAGAAGAAAGCCAAAUGGAGGGAGGAAAUUGACAAAGAGAAGACCCAGUGAUGGAGGACAGCUCUGCUUAUUAGUCAUAAUACAGUUGCAACCAGAUAUUUACAUACAAAAUAAAAAAAAUGCUCAACUUUU